AUGUCUUUAAAUAUCUCAGUACCCAAAUUGAAUCAACCCAACGGAAUUGGAGUGAACACGGCUCAAAAUUCACAAAUAGUGAAUGAAGACACCGACAAAGGAAAAGACAAUGGCGUCUACGAAUACGUAAAAGAGUUUUGUUCCGAAACAACAGUGCAUGGUAUUCGAUAUUUCACUCGGGGAAAUAGUGCUGAAAGAGUCACACCCGUGCUAAUGACGGUUCACGGUAAUCCGAAUACAACUCAUUGGAAUGUAGAAGAUGGUUAUGACUCGAAUGUCGAUCAGAGUAUCGUAUAUCCGUAUCGCGUAUUUGGCACUGGUCUACGAUACUCGAUAUUGGCUUAUCUAAUAGUGUUGCUAAAUAAUGAUCAUCAGUAUUGCAAUGACGCAUCAAGAGGGUUUACCGUUACAAUACACUCGCCAGACGAAUUACCACGACCAGGUGACGAUUUCAUCCGAAUUCCAGUCGAACAUAAAUUUUCUACAAUUUCAAUCAAACCAAGCAUGAUCACGACAUCGAGUGGUUUACGCAACUACUUACCACAGGCUAGAGGAUGUUUCUUUCGAACUGAACGUUCGUUACGAUUUUUUAAAUCGUACAAUCAACGCAAUUGUGAGCUUGAAUGCAAAGCAAACUUCUUUAAACAGACGUGUGGAUGUGUAACAUACUACAUGCCGAGAGAUAUUGAAACGAACGUGUGUGCUGCAUCGGACAUACAAUGCCAAUACGAAGCUGAUAAGAAUUUUUCCAGAAAUUCCAUAGUUGAUCAAUGUCAGUGCUUGCCUGACUGCACUUCGAUAACAUAUGAUGUAGAAAUAUGGCCAGAAAGUAUGACUGAUGAUUCAGGGUCUCCCAAUUUCUCUGAACAUAAAAUUCGUAUAUCAUUCAAAAAGCCGCAUUUCAUUACAAUAAUCCGGAUAGAAGCAAGCACAAUGGCCGAUUUUAUAGCAAGUUGCGGUGGAUUGUUGGGAUUGUUUAUGGGCUUUUCUUUAUUGAGCAUCAUUGAGCUCGUUUUUUUUUACCCUACGAUUCUGGUACAAUAUGAGGAAAACGAGAUCAUUGGCCAAUCGAAAGAUAACCGCAGUGAAACCAGUUCAAUGAAGGUUUAA